AUGGCAGACAACCCAGUGGACUUAAAAAGUCUUAUGCCCACAGAGAGGAAGUCCAUGUGGAGGACAGCUGAGGAGAGGCGGAUGUCUGACCUCACCCGGGUGCUGGAGUGGAUGGAGCGGAGGUGGGGGAAGAAGAAGCGAGCUCUUCAGCAAAAAGCCAAGGAAGAGGCACUUGCUAAAGCAAACAAGAAGGAAGAAAAGAAAGGCAAAAGCUCCCAGAAGGUGAAGCACCAGGGAGAGGGUCACAAGGUGUCAUUCCAGAACCAGAACUCAGGACAAGGCUCCAGUGGGAGUAAGGAGACCAGCAAGUAUAACCGGAUGUAUAACUUUGAGCAUCUGGGCAAGCAUCUGAGCAUAAGUGGCAGCUUCACCAGGGACAGCCACAGGAAGUCAGACUUGGACAUCAAGGACGCAAUUGCCCUGGAGUCUGCUCCGCGACCAAUGGCAUUCCGUCGACAAAGCAUGGCCAUUGACCCCAUGGUGCAGGACAGUAUGUUUGGCAACCGCAGAGUGACCCUCAUGAGAGACUGGGCGAGCAAGACACCUGACAGCACUUACGAGCGCAAGCUGAAGAGCCUCAUGGAGAAGAACACAGAGCCCAAGAUGGAGAAUGUGAAGAUGCUGAAGCCAGAGGAGGUUCUGAGCUGCCGAUACCUGAGGCUGUCCAAAAACAACAUUCGUACCCUGCUGAAGCUGUGCAAAGACGCGGGGCUGGACGUGGACAUCCACCCCCACAUGGUGGAGGCGGAGAUAGACUCUAAGAAGGUGUUUGCCCGCCAACAGAGAAUAGCCCUCUGA